CAAAAAUACUCAUCCAAAAUCAAUUCAUCAUGCCUUCAACUAGCUCCUUAGAAACUUACCAAACCCCGCUAUCAUCCAGAUAUGCCUCAGCAGAAAUGUCAAAGUUAUUCUCGAGCCAAACUAGGUUCGGAACAUGGAGACAACUUUGGUUAUCGCUUGCUCAAGCAGAGAAAGAAUUAGGAAUUCCAAUUUCAGAUGAGGCUAUUGAAGAAAUGACAGCCAAUCUAACUCUUGAUCAUAAGCAAAUGGAGAUGGCUGCAGUCGAGGAGCGUAAGCGAAGACACGAUGUAAUGGCUCAUGUGCAUGUCUUUGGAUUGAUCUGCCCAAAAGCUGCACCGAUCAUCCAUCUAGGUGCAACAUCGUGCUACGUAACCGAUAACGCGGACUUGAUCUUCUUACGCAGAGGAUUCGAGAUCCUUAUCCCCAAACUGGCUCUCGUCAUAUCUCGACUCUCUAAAUUUGCCAAUCAACAUCGAGAUUUACCUACUUUAGGAUGGACUCAUUAUCAACCUGCUCAACUUACUACCGUUGGAAAGAGAGCCACACUCUGGAUCCAAGAAUUACUCAUGGAUUUACGAAACAUGGUCCGCGCUAAUGAAGAUAUCGGAUUUCGAGGUGUCAAAGGCACUACUGGAACCCAAGCUUCUUUUCUUGCACUCUUUGAAGGAGAUCAUGAAAAGGUUGAAAAACUUGAUCAAUUGGUCACUAAGAUGUCUGGUUUCAAAUUCGCAUAUCCUGUUUCAGGUCAAACUUAUACUAGAAAGAUCGAUAUCGAUUGUUUAUCGCCUUUAGGAUCAUUUGGAGCUACAGCUCAUAAGAUUGCUACAGAUAUUCGUCUAUUGGCUAAUUUGAAGGAGGUUGAAGAGCCUUUUGAAGCUGGACAAAUUGGAAGUAGUGCAAUGGCUUACAAGAGGAAUCCUAUGCGAUGCGAGCGUAUCUGCUCAUUGGCUCGUCACUUGAUGACUCUACAGCAAAACGCAUUGAUGACAGCCUCGGUACAAUGGUUUGAGCGAACUUUGGACGAUUCAGCGAACAGAAGAGUCACAAUUCCAGAAGCUUUCCUUACCACUGAUAUAGUCUUAACAAUCCUUCAAAACGUAAGCGAAGGCUUAGUAGUUUAUCCUGCCAUCAUUCGUCGACAUAUCAAUGCCGAAUUACCUUUUAUGGCCACCGAGAACAUUAUCAUGGAAAUGGUAAAGUUAGGUGGAGAUAGACAAAUUUGUCAUGAGAAGAUUAGAGUACUUAGUCAUGAAGCUGGAAAAGUCGUUAAAGUUGAUGGAGGAGAGAAUGAUUUAAUUGAACGAAUCAAACGUGAUGAUUAUUUUGCAUCAGUUCAUUCUAAAUUAGAUCAAUUAUUAGAUCCUAAAACUUUUGUUGGACGAGCACCUGAACAAGUCGAUAGCUUUCUUCGUGAUUGGGUCGAACCUGCAUUACAACCUUACAAGAGUUUUGUAGAGUCUGCUAAUAAGGCUGAAUUACAAGUAUGAUUCAAAGGUGAAGAAGCCAUUGUAAAUAUGUUUCUAGUAGCAUAUAGUACAUACAACCUCUUUUUAAGU